AGUCAACAGAAGAGAAUCCAAGAUCACAUCACUCUCCCCAGAGGAAAGUGAGCUCUUGGGCUUUGUUCUGAAUUUCCCAAGCUUGACAGAGUGUCACCUACUACCCAUGAAGGGUAGAUGAGGAUAUGACUAAUGUAACAACCUCAUAACAUCUCUCUCGCCCUUGAAUCUGCCAAGGCAAAGGGACGUGUGACAGAUCUUGGCCAUGUUUUCGACCUCAGUGGUUCCCGAGACAUUUUCUACUCCAGGCUGGCAGAUUGAAAAGAAGUAUUCAACGAAAGUGCUUGUUGGAAACUGGGUAGAAGAAAGAGGGAAGUUCACCAAAGCCACUGACCACACGCCCCAAUGCAUUUACAGGAAGGAGUAUGUUCCGAGGCCAGACCACAGACCAGACCACAUUUCCAGGUGGUAUUCGAAAAGUAAAGCGGAGGGUGUUCCAUACAAGCACCUGAUCACCCAUCACCAGGAGCCUUCUAAUCGUUAUCUGAUCAGCACCUAUGAUGACCACUACAAUCGACACAGUUAUAACCCAUGCUUGCCUGCCCUUCGUACCUGGAAUGGACAGAAAUUGCUGUGGCUGCCAGAGAAGUCUGACUUUCCCCUUCUUGGACCUCCCACAAACUAUGGACUACUAGAACAACUGCAGAAAAAGUGGCUUGCUCCCAAGACUGGCCUGAAAGGAAGCAUCUAUACUACAUCCUACCCCAGGCUGCCUGUGUGCGCUAUGUCCAGGAGGGAGCAUGCCAUCCCAGUCCCUCCCCCUCGACUGCGCCCUGUCCCACACUUCUGAGAAGUACCACUCCACUUGCAGUCUGGCCAGAGCCAGCAGAAGAUCCACAACUUCUCUGGACUUGACAGACCGAAACCAUCUGCAGAUGUACCCUAAGAAUUAAUUAUGGACCAUUGUUUUGGGCAGGGUGUGGGAUCCUCUUGGAAUCAUGAUUAGUAUUUUAUGGUACCUUCUCUCUAAACUCAUAGAUUGUUUUUGUUUCCACCCCACAAUUAAAGCUUCUUUACAUG